AGGAAGACAAGCGAGGGGCAAAGCGUCAGGGAGAAGAAGCCUCUGCCUACAGUUAUGAUAGACAGACAAUGGGCUUCCCUUUCCCUGGCUCCGGGCUCUUCACACAGUCAUUCAGUGGACGGUUUUCAAGGUGAUUCAUCUGGAAACACGACUCCGCCUCUGGCUCAGUUACCUGAAAAGUUAAUUCUCAGAGGCAAGAGUGAAUUGGUCAGCUGAGCUUGUGACCGUGACUGUGACCUACCCGCUGCGCCCCUCCCUGUCGGCCAGGAGUAAUCCCACGGCUCCCUGGGGAUGAGGCGUCCCAGGUGGCCUUUUCCUGGGGAGGGAACAAAGACCUGCCCACGUGCACCUGGGGACAGAGGGCAGAACUCAGACAGGGAAACACCUAGUGAUGCUCUCUAUCCUCCCGCAUCUGGGUUCUGCCUAUGUGACAUGAUAAUUCUCCACUUCUUCUCUCUGUGGGGUCAAAUUUGGACUGGCAGUUUGUUGGCUAGAGGGGACCGUGAUGGAGCAAGGAAGGACGUGCAGUGUGUGUGUGUGACAUGGAUGGGCGGGGUUGGGGGACCACAGUGGGAUAGCUGGACCAGUGGCUGUGAGACUGAGGGGCAGAAAGGCCCUUGACCCGCCCCAGCAAUAUUUGCAAUAUUCUAACAUGUUUGCAAUAUUCUAACCUGGGAACCCACCCCAGUCUCAGGGUUCCCAUCUGUGGGCCCCCAGGGCUGGCCGAGGGCAGAGCUAAGGAGCAUUUCUAUGGGAUAAACCCCUGCUGGGGCAGAGGCCCACCUCAGUGGGAUACCUCCCUUUCUUUCAGAUGGGCUCUCCUGCGCCCAGGGCUGCCCUUCCCUGCCUGGGUCUGAUCCUGCUUCUCUGGAGCCAGGGGCCAGGGGUCCAGGGCCAAGAAUUCCAAUUUGGACCCUGCCGAGUGGAAGGGAUAGUUCUCCAGGAACUAUGGGAGGCCUUCUGGGACAUGAAGGAUGUUGUGCAAGCUCAGGAUAACAUCACGAAUGUCCGGCUGCUGCGGAAGGAGGUUCUGCAGAACGUCUCGGAGGCUGAAAGCUGCUACCUCAUCCAUUCCCUGCUGAAGUUCUACUUGAACACCAUCUUCAAAAACUACCGUGAAAAGGCAGUUAAGUUCAGGAUCCUGAGGUCAUUCUCUACUCUGGCCAACAACUUUGUGGUCAUCAUGUCAAAACUGCAACCCAGUCAGGAAAAUGAGAUGUUUCCCAUCAGUGAGAAUGCACGCAGGCGUUUUCUGCUAUUCCAGCGAGAAUUUAAACAGUUGGACAGAGAAGUGGCUCUGACCAAAGCCUUUGGAGAAAUGGACAUUCUCUUGACCUGGAUGGAGACAUUCUACCAGCGCUGAAGGCCUAGACCAGGAAACCCUCCUUGUUCUCCGUGUCAUUUCAAAUGGGUGUCCCUUUCCGUGAUGUUCUCUGGGCACUUCACAUCCUUGAUCAAGGGUCCCAUUCUUGGCCAAGGCUUAUCCUCAAAGAUUUUGUUCUUUAAGUGGCCCCACCAACCAGUCAUGGGAGGUGUCCCUCAGAUGCUGUGAAGAGUCUACAGAGCAGAUUCCUCUAUUUAUUACAACUCUAUUUAAUUCCUAUCAGUGUUUUAACUGAUGUCAUAUUUAUUUGUCAGAUUGAAAGUUGGGAGGAGGCUGCAAGGAUGGUGCCCCCACACAUCUCUGUCAUCCUCCACCAUCCUUGCUGCUGUGUGGAGUAACGAUGGGUGCUCAGUAAAUGCUUAAUAAAUUGGAUGUUUUGAAACCUGUCUUUGAAUGGUUGAGGAACAAUGAGGAAUGUUGGGAUAUGAAGUGGAACUUUAGGGCAUGGAAAUCACACUGUCAUAACAUCUCCAGGAACAGAGGUGAGGGCGCUGGUUUGAAACAUAAAUGAUAAAGGAUAUAAUAUGCGGGGGGUGCCCAGCACAAAGAAGAUGCUCCCUAAACACAGCAUUUCUUACCCCUCUCCCCCCUACACUCCCGCCAUCCCUGCCCUUUGGAUAAUCUCUGUCUCAUCUACUCACUCUUCCCUUAUCUGCCACUUGGGAGGGUACCAGUGCCAAGGUGACUCUGUGGAUGGUGUCAUCAUACCUGGAUGCACUGUCCCACCUGUGAUGACAUCCCCUGCUCAUAAAAGGCAGGGACCUCAAGUUGGGAGGCUUUCCUUUCUAUCACUGGACAAGGGUCCAGUAAAACUGAGGUGUGUGUCUGGGAAAGACCUUCCUCCUAAAAGCAAGAUUGGGUAUUCUCUAGUCUUAAGCUCUGGCCGAACUUGGUAGCUGAUUUCAGUCCAAAGAUAGAAUGUCUGCCUAACUCUGCCCUUGCUCAGAACACUUAAGAGAAUGAGUAGGUGCAGGAGGUGGGAUGUCUCGUCUUCCAUGACGUGAGUGCUACUGCAGAACACCUGGCCUUGCGGGAAUCCCAGAUCACUUUCCUGCCCCGCUGGGCUCUAAGUUGCCUAGACUAGCAAAUGGAUGAGGUGCAUUUUGAAAGCAGAGAUGCAAUGGUUUUGGACAGCUCACAUAGACCAAUGCUAGAUAAAGGCACCGAUUUCAGUUCUAGGCUAUGGAAGAAGGAUAAAGAGAUGACCAAAACGAUUCUAUUUCUAAAAGAAGGGAAAGACCAGAGUUAGUGUACUUACGUGCCUUAAGGGAGGCAGACUUAGAGUAAAGAGGAUAUAUACAUCCAUCACCAGCACUAACAAGCACGGUUCUGAAAAUUUAUAGCCCUUCAUCACAUCAAGGUAAACUGCCCUGGCCAUCGGACUUAGGAUGAAUAGAAGCUCACUAGUAAGCGCCAGCCCUAAGGUCAGGGCAAAGUCAGGGGUGUUUCAUAACAAGGCCCCUUCCAAGCUCAAGGCUGAAGCAUGUCCUCACAAAGCAGUCCAGGCACCUUCAAUUGGUGUGAAGCUCCAGCCUGAGAAGGGCUUUCAAAGCAACAGCUCCAGCUUCCACGCCAUGGGGUCUAGAGCCAGGGCAGUAAGGACCCUGGGGUCAAAGAUACAUACAAAAAAAAAAAAAAAAAAAAAAAA